AGUCAUCCAACGGCUGACAUUUAAGUUGCAUGAAAAACGAGUAAUAUCUUGUCCCCAUCCUUUACCUAUACUUGUGGCGCACCCUCGACUAAUUAUUAUUAAUAUUCUAUUCUAUUCCUCUUCUGCUAACAUCACACAUCACAACACAACUCCCACAUUCCGAUGGAGGAGUCAUGGGAAAAUUGGCAUCUUCAUAUGGAAACCGAUUGCGAGAACGAUUUCUUAGGCAAGUGUCACGGCACUGACGAUGACGAGUUCUUCAGAGACAUCCUUCAGCAACCACCACCUGCGGCUUUCUCUUCCGAAAGCGAAAGCGAUCACUCCUUCCUCGCUGUCCAAAACACUUCUAGCUUCCCCAACGACGGUGCCGUUUUGUCUCCUAGGAAUUACCUCGUCAAAAGCAGCAGCUCCAACUCCUUGGUCUCUCAAAACGCUUCCAAACGACCUCGUCGUUUGUCCUCUCCCAGGACUUACAUUCUGUCCUUCGACAACUCAACCAUGGUUCCGGCCACACCCGAAACCCGCCCCCGCUCCUCCAAUAAUUCCCCUCUGCCUGCCAAACGGGCCCUGGAAAGCCCAGGCCCAGUAGCCCGAAGGCCCAACCAAGGAGCUAAGAAGAUAAGAACCUCUUCUCAGACCAUCGAUCACAUAAUGGCCGAGAGACGACGGAGGCAGGAACUCACGGAGAGGUUCAUAGCACUCUCAGCCACGAUUCCCGGCUUGAACAAGACGGACAAGGCUUCUGUACUUCGAGCAGCAAUUGAUUACGUGAAACAACUUCAAGAAAGGGUACAGGAACUGGAGAAACAAGACAAAAAAAGGAGUACAGAGUCAGUAAUAUUCAUCAAGAAACCCGACCCAAAUGGAAACGAUGAAGACACCACCUCCACUGAAACGAACUGUAGCAUCCUUCCUGAGAUGGAAGCAAGGGUGAUGGGGAAGGAGGUGCUCAUUGAGAUCCACUGUGAGAAAGAAAAUGGUGUUGAGCUAAAAAUAUUGGACCACCUUGAAAAUCUUCAUCUCAGUGUUACCGGAAGCAGCGUCUUGCCAUUUGGAAAUUCUGCUCUCUGCAUUACCAUCACAACUCAGAUGGGUGACGGGUACCAAAUGACUGUGAAUGAUCUAGUGAAAAACCUUAGACAAUUGUUCUCAAAAUCACAUGUGCUAAGCGACAGCGAUCCGUACUAGUGUAUCAAACAAUGAGUUGUAGUGUAUGGAAAUCGAAAGUUUUGGAUUUAUUACUCUCUUUGAUUUUGGCUUGUUUUCAUGUUGAUCGUAACGUUAAUAAACAAAUACUAUAUGUCUGACAUGAAUUUAUGCCCGGCAUCUACCCUGACAUCCCAUUAAUGUGAAAACGAAAUUUCUUUUUA